CACACCGGUCAAGGGUCAUAACUCAUAACUCAAUGACCGAUGAACUUGAUGCAAGUUUCUACUCUGUCUGUUUUGUGUGCCACUGAAGGAACAACCAAAUGGAGGCUGGGAUUUGAAAGGAAUGUCUAGAGGUGGGGCAAGGAGCCUUCGCAGACUGGAGUCCCUUGCGAGGCAUUUCUCUGGACAAACUUUCUUUUCUACUGCAAGUGUCGGUGGAAGCCACAACAAAGGGUCUUCCACAGCAAAAAUGGCUGACAAUGGCAAUGAGCAGAAAGGGAACGACUCUGCAUCUUUUAGUAAGGAGACAGAAAACAAUGGCUCAAAUCCUUCUGAUUCGUCUUCUCUGACUGCCUCAAGGGCGUCUCCUCGAAGGAGUUACUUUCAUGCCAUGGAUGGACAGAGCACUGCUGGAAUCAUCGUGAUCGGAGAUGAAAUUCUGAAGGGCCAGACUCUGGACACAAAUUCAAAUUUUAUCUGUAAAAAGCUCUUCUCGCUUGGAGUCAAAGUGCAAAAGGUGUCUGUAAUCUGUGAUGAGGUGGAUGUGAUUGCGGAGGAAGUGGCGACGUUCUCUAAAAAGUUCACCCACGUCAUCACAUCAGGUGGUAUCGGCCCCACUCACGACGACAUGACCUUUGAAGGAGUGGCCAAAGCAUUUGGCUUGAAGACAGAACCUCAUCCGGAGCUGGUGAAAUUGAUAGCGGCGUGGUUCCGCACGACAGAUCCGAAGUCACCAGAGAUGAAAAUGGCCCAGAUCCCUCAGACAGCCACACUCACGUUUGGAAUUGAUCCAGUCACGAAGGAAAAGUCAAAAUAUCCGCUCGUCUCCGUAAAGAAUGUCUACAUCUUCCCUGGAGUGCCCAAUUUACUGGAGCGAGCUUUUGGUAUGCUUGGGUACCUGUUCCAAAACCCCGAUGUUGAAUUCCACACAGACGAACUGUAUGUCAGCAAAGACGAGGCCUCAAUAGCCGGAUAUAUUUCCCAUGUUGCCGAAAAGUUCAAGGAUGAAGUUAUAAUUGGAUCUUAUCCUGACAUGCUCAAUAGUUACUACAAGGUCAAGCUGACACUUGAAUCGACCAACGCCAACAGUUUGCACGAGGCUCACAAAGAACUCUACAACAAUAUGCCUCUGGGUUAUCAGAUAUCUGUAUUGGCUUCAACGGAGGCAAAGACUGCACGGUCUUGUUGCAUUUGCUGUACGCCGUGGUCAAAAAAAAAUACCCUGACUACAAAGACAAGCUCCAGGCUUUGUAUAUCCGGAGUAGGUGCCCUUUUCCUGAGGUGGAAAAAUUUGUGCAGAUCUCUCGAGACAGGUACAACCUGGAAAUGGUUCACUAUGACGGAAGAAUCAAAGAAUGUUUGGGGACUUUGGCGGAGAAAAAGCCGAACAUGAAGGCUGUCAUCAUGGGCACAAGAAGAACAGACCCUUAUUCAGGUCACCUGAAGGAGUUCUCCAUGACAGACCCGGACUGGCCCCAGUUCAUGCGUGUGAACCCCGUGCUGGAGUGGCACUACAAGCAUGUGUGGAGGUUCCUGCGGCAGCUCUGUCUUCCCUACUGCAGCCUCUACGACCAGGGGUACACAUCUCUGGGCAGCAUGGACAACACCCACCCUAACCCUCUGCUGCAGUACGUGGACGAGAGAGGCAUCCUCACAUACAAACCGGCCUACAUGCUGGAGCGAGGCGAGAGCGAGAGGGAUGGACGGAAUAAAUAAGGAUUGACUGAAUAAAUGAGGGAUGGACAGAAUAAAUAAGGACUGACUGUAUAAAUGAGGGAUGAACGGAAUAAAUGAGGACGAACAAUGUUGUAGAUUUUGCUUUAUGUGGAAUUAUUAUGGUUGAGAAAUGUUACUUUGUAAUGUGGUAUACGGUAACAGUAUACGUGAGAAAUAUACAAUGUUAUAUGAUCUUGGUACUAGUAUACAUGAGAAAGAUGUAUAUACAAUGUCAUAUAAUCUGUUUUAUUGCAGGCCUGUGAUAAGAGAAGUAAAAUCUGAUCUGUUGAAAAAUUGAAA